CCUGGUGAGCCGCACGGGGGGAGAGCCGGCUCGGGCGAGCGGCCGGCGGCAGCGCGGGGCGGGCGGGCGCCUCCCGCCUCCCUUUGAGGCGGUGUCUGGUUUUUCCCGCAGAAGGCUCGCCAGGCCCCUUUGCUGUGCCGAGGGUCUGAGCGCGCCCAGGAGUCAGGCUGCAGGCUGUCGAUGCGCCCGCUCUGUGGCGUUCUGCGGAUCGGAGAUGGACGUGGGCAGGCUCCGGGGCGGCAGCUCGGAACGCGGCGCAAGUUGGUCCCCAGCUGCGGGGACUGGGGCCGUGCGGGAGAAGGCGAUCGGCCCUGUAGGCACAGGGAGGCCGGAGGGAGAGCGCCGGGGGGACGCGGGAUCAGGGCGCACGAUGUGUGCGGGAACCAUUUCCAGCGGAACAGAGUUUAACGGGCCCGGCUCCGUCAGAACUGGAACUGAUUGCUGCAGCCGCGAACCGAAGGGCUGUUCAGCUGGAAGUUUCGUGAGACAGAGCAAAGUUAACAGUGAGCAGCUGAAUUGGAGCCAGUCUCACAGAGAUCUGAUGAUGAUGAUCCGAGAAAUGAAAAGGUGUUUGCCUGAAGAGAAAAGGAGUUCCAGCAAGCCUAGCACCAUCAGUGCUCUCAAUUAUGCCUUGCAGUGUGUCCAACAGGUCCAAGCAAACAAUGACUUUUUCCAGGCUCUGAACGACCGAAGAGUGUUUCAGACAGAUGUGAUGACGUACAGCAUAGAGGAGUUGGUGGCAGUUGCAUCUGAACACACUCCAAAAAACACAGACACAUUUGUGGCUGUGUUUUCCUUGCUUUCGGGACGCAUGGUGCAUAUUUCUGAUCAGGCAGCAUCCAUUCUAAACUGUCAGAAGAAAGUGUUGGACUCCUGCCGGUUUGUCGAGCUGCUUGUCCCUCAGGAUGUGAGUGUGUUCUACACACACACUGACCAGUCCCACCUGCCACUUUGGAACAUGGAAAGUCAAACAGCAUCCCUGUGUGAAUAUGCCCAGGUGAAAUCAUUUUUCUGCAGGAUCAGGGGGGGUAAAGGUCAAGAACAAGAAACAUGUUGUUACCCCUUCCGAAUCACCCCAUACUUGGUCCAUGUAUGUACUUCUGUCCACGUGGAUGCAGAAUCCUGCUGCUUAGCUUUGGCUGAGAAAAUUCACUCUGGAUAUGAAGCUCCGCGAAUUCCUAUGGAUAAAAGAAUCUUCACCACCACUCACACCCCUGGAUGUGUUUUUCUUGAGAUAGAUGACAGAGCAGUGCCUUUGUUGGGAUACUUACCUCAAGAUUUAAUUGGAACGUCCAUACUUCUGUAUAUGCACCCAGAAGAUCGUCCUUUGAUGAUUGCUAUUCACCGGAAAAUCUUGAAAUUUGCUGGCCAGCCUCCUUUUGAACAUUUGCCUAUUAGAUUUUGUACUCAAAACGGGGAUUAUGUCAUACUGGAUACCAGCUGGUCCAGUUUUGUGAAUCCUUGGAGCAGGAAAGUAGUGUUCAUCAUUGGCCGACACAAAGUCCGGACAAGUCCUCUGAAUGAAGAUGUGUUUGCUACAAGAAGCAAGGAAACAAGCAGUGUUGAGAAAGAGAUAAGAGAAUUGCAAGGACAAAUCUACAAGCUGCUUCUGCAGAACAAGAUAAUUUACAAUUUUCCCCCCCCGAUACAGCCAGUUCAUAGCAAUGUUUCCAGUGGUUACGGAAGCCUUGGAAGCAAUGGCUCUUAUGAGCACUAUAUCAGCAUAGCAUCUUCAAGUGACUCCAAUGGGAAUUGUGCAGAGGAAAUACAGGAACCAAUGACAUUGCAACAAGUUUGUGCAGAUGUCAACCGAAUAAAGAAUCUGGGACAGCAGCUGUAUAUUGCAUCCAGGAGCAAGCCACAGAAUGGAGGUGAACAGGUUGCGAGCUCAGAAAUCCUAGGAGGGAAGAGGCACACCCCUUCCUGUUUUCUUCAGACAUUGAGAAGUGAUAGCACAGAAGAACCAGGCAAUGCAUUUUAUGGGGAUUCAAAGAAGCGUCCACGUGUUCCUUCCUAUCAGCAGAUCAAUUGUGUUGAUAGUAUCAUCAGAUAUCUAGAGAGCUGUAGUAUUCCAGGAUUGAAAAGGAAAUGUAAAUCUUCUGCAAAUACAUCAUCAUCAUCUUCAGAAGAUGACAAGCAAGUCCAGCAAAGUUGUCAGGAAGUUGAGGCGUUGGAAGCAGUUAAUUCCCGAACUCCAGUAUCUGCUGACUGGGAAGAGAUGCUGAAAGAUGAGACAACUGCAGGCCUGGUGGGAGCUCCUCUGGCAGACCUGACCCUGUCCAACAAGGCUCCAAGCAUGGUGUCUGUCACCAGCCAGUGCAGUUACAGCAGCACCAUAGUGCAUGUCCCACAUCCUGAAUCAGAAGUGACUACAAUGGAGGAUACUACUGUUGGAAGUGAACAAAUUGAGCUGCCUCAUGUGAAUGCUCAGUGUCUCACUCUGGUACCUGAGGACUUAAAGCCAGUUGGGCUAACAAAGGAGACGUUGUCAGCCCACACUCAAAAGGAGGAGCAGAACUAUGUUGACAAGUUCCGUCAGAGGGUCUUGCUCUCUCCAUUUAGGACUUACCUUCAGCAGGGGAGUAGAAGUAACAAUGGACAUUCCAGUGGCCAAGGAAAUUCCCCUUCAAAACAGAUGAGCCCGGCUAGCUGUAAAAAAGGCAAACGUGGAAAAUUCAAGUGGCAGAAACCUCAGAGACAGUCCUCAGAUAGCCACUUUUCUAGUAAAAAUAGGAAUAGUCUUCCAUGGGAGAAGAGGACAAUCCAGAAACAGUCAUUCUCUCCCUCAGAAAUGUCUGAUCUGAGCUCCUCCAGUAUGAAUUUUGUUCAUCCAGUGGGACUGCCUGUCUGUUCAGAUCCUCUGUCUAGUUUUCCAGUCUCUUCUGCAGGAGAGGAGCUUGCUUUUCCCUCAUUAAAACCUGAGUCCAUGUCAUCCUCACGCUGUGAAGCACCAUCCUGCCCAGCACUUUAUUCUCCGAACAUAGGCACAUUUAUGGCUGUGUUUUUUCAGAGUUUACCUAUGUAUGCACAGAUGCCUCAAUAUGUCCUGCUUCCUAGCCCUCAGUACCUUUAUCCCUCCUCUUCAUAUCCAUGCGUUACACUACCUCCAGGCCCCCCUCCUGCUCCAUCACCAGGACCACUGCACUCUGUGGAUAAGCCCUUACCAGGCUCUUCUGCCGCAUCCAUGGAGGACCAGCAAGAGGGCCAGUGUGACCAGGCCUUGCUGCUGAGUAGCUCACGGAGCAGCUCCCCACUUCAGCUGAACUUGCUUCAAGAAGAGUUGCCAAAACCAAUGGAGCUCUCCUCUAGUGCUGGUGUCACAGCGCAUGCAGAAGCUUCAUGUGGCAAUGAUCCAGAAGAUAGUGGUAACAGUGCUAGCUGUUGUGCUCCUAGUGAGUUCACGGACCACUUGCUGUUCAAGGACUCCCAGUUGAGUACAAGUUCAGCAGCAUCAGGCAGUGAAUCAGCUUUUUCUGGUUCUUUAGGCUCUGGCUGCAACAAGACUUCUGGUUGUGGCACAGGUAGUGGGAAAUGCAGCAAAUAUUUUGCCAGUAAUGAUUCUUCUGAAGCUUCCAAAGAAGAGAAGAAUCAGAAAGCAGAAGAAAAAGGGACAGCUCAUAAAUCCAAACAUGAGUCAGCCUGGGCGAUGAUGAAUCACACACCUGAGCAAGUUCUAAUGACUUACCAAAUGCCAAACAGAAUUAAAGAGGAGGUUUUAAAGGAGGAUCUGGAGAAACUGACAGUCAUGAGAAAGCAACAGCCUUGGUUUACAGAUGGGCAAAAGAAGGAGCUUGCAGAGGUGCAUACGUGGAUCCGGACUCAGACUGUUCCACUGCAAAUCAGCACCCAAGGUUGUGUUACAUGUGACAUGAGGGAAGCAAGUUGUGAGGCUGCAAUGGCUGAUGACAAUAUGGAAAACAAGGGGAAAUCGCUGGAAAACAAGGGGAAACCACCUCCAUUCUUGCAACACUGAAGACAUAUAGCACUUAUGUCGGUAAAACUGCUUGGUGUAAUUCCCAUUCUCCAUUCCUCUGGCUUUGCUGCACACUAGUGGUCACUGUCUGGCUGUCUCUUCCCAACAUGAGCAGUUGCACAUGGUAUAUUAAAUCUUCCUCCAUUACCCCUGCACUCCUGACAUGACUUUGAAGACAAUCUUCCACUGGGAGGCUGUUGCCUUCCGUGACCUCACAGACUUGUUGCAGAAUGGGUUACCUUUCUAAUUUCUGAGUGCUCAAUGAUGAGCAGAAUACAAAGGUCUUUUGGGUUUGGGUUUUGUUUGUUUGUUUGCUUGAACUUGGCAAGUCAGAGUCUGAAAAGAUGCAGUGGUUAAGAGCCUACAGUGAUGAAUCUAAUAUCAGAGAAUGUUACUCUUCAAGUAAGGUAGAUGUGUUGAAACCAGCAUUGAAACCCAACUACAAAAAAGUGAUGUCCAUUUUUGUUUGUUCAAUAUUUAAAGGACUAAACUGAAGAUCCUAGUACUCAUGACUCUCUAAAAUCACUGUAGCUGGUUCUAGAAUCCAGCAGGCUUUUUAAUGAGCAGCUGAAAGCUGGCCAACUUAUUCUGCAUCAAAAUGCCUUUCACUAGCUUGUGCUCAUCAAAAAAUAAACGGAAGUGAGAAGAAGCAAAGCUGUUCGCUCUACUUUUCAUGAUGAGUGUUUUGGAACCGAGUUGUUUUAUAACUUUAGCUUUUAAAGCUGUGUUUCUCAAGAUGGCAGUUGAAAAUUAAUUGAGGAUAACUGGUUUGCAAAGCCGCUGGAGUUUUAAUUACAGAUAGCAAUAAAAAAAAAAAAGUAGUAAUAAUUCAGGAGUUAUUUCCUUAGUACAGGAUCUGCUCUUUAAUGAAAGACACAUGGAAAACCUGUAUCAAGGCAUUACAGCUCAGUUAUCAAUUCUAGUAGCUACAUGUGAUCUUUUAUGUUGCUAGCACUCUGGAAGACAGAUUUGUUUCUUAAUUAUUAUUUUUUUUUUUGUUACUGUAUUAGAGUAGUUAAAUGAUUUGAAUGCAAACAAAGCAAAUAGGAGAUUUUAAGCCAUGUCCCUAUUUUGGUUUUGUUGUGGUGAUACCAAAAACAGAAAGAGAGAAACAAAAUUAAAUUGAGCUUUAUUUCUUCUUUAUCUUGAAGUGUCACUAGUUGUAAAGCCAAACUUGAACAUCGAACCACAUAUUCAUUAUUUCUUAUCACCAUUCAUUUCCUGUACAACUUUAAACCUCUUUCUUUAUAAUCGAGUCUUUGGCUGUUGAAAUCCAUGGACACAAAAUGAGUUUGUGCAUAGUGUAAGGUUGUUGCUCAGAAAGUGGUAACUACUUUCAUUGUGUAAAAGGACUUGUUAUCAAAGUGCUCUUCACAGGACACACUUUACUAAAACCCAGCAAAUUUUGUCUGAUUUCUCCUUUGUUUAUAACAAUCUGUAUGUAAUUGGGUUUUCUUUUUGGUGUUAUUAAUCACCUUAGCCUUCUCAACAAAAGAGUUUUGGAAUGUAACACAUUAUUCAUCCUUUUGUUCUGUGUAGUCUCCUGUUUCUGCUAUGUGAAGGAUUUUCACGUUUUCAAGUUUCAUUUACUAGUAAGCUUCAAGUUGUUAAGUUAAAAAUACUGUGAUCUGCAGACCAUCGAAGGAAAACAGUAUUUAUCUAAAGGUUUUUGUUACAUUUUUUAAUCAAUUUGGUGAUAAUCCUUAUAAUUAAAGCUUAUUUCAAGGGAAGUUAUAUUUACAGAAUUUUACGUUUUCAAGGCUAAUUUGACUCGGGCAGUGUUAUUUUUGCAGUAUGCUUGCCUGCUCUGUUUAUAUAUAUAUUUUUCUGCUUAUUCUUAAGCUGCAUUUCUGUAUUUGUCUUUCAGUUUUUUCAGCUUGAACUUGUUUUUUCGCAAGUUGUAAAUCAGCAGAGGCCCAACCAUCCUCAGUACUUUUUGUAUUCGAACUUUAAACACUUCUUAAAAUAAGAGACUUCAAUAGUUGUUUACAUAUAGCAAGUUAUGUUCUCAAGUAAGAAAAUGUGGGCAAUACCUUAUACCUUUCCUAGUCUUUUUUCCAGCACUUUCCAAAUACGGUAUUCUGCUUUAUAACUACACUGCCUAAAAUAUUUGCUCUAAAACAUGUAAUAAGUUGCUUUGUGUAUAGGUUAUUUUCUUAAUUGGGAAACUAUUUAAGUAACUGUCAAAUUAGACUGAUGCACUAGAAUCAAUUCUAGUUAGCUGUGCUUAAAUGGACUGCUUUAAUCUAUUUUGAGACUUAGUGAAAAAGAGUAAUUUGAAUACUUCGGGUAAGGACAGCUGUGUCCUUCAAAAUAUUUUUAAAGUGUAAGCCAGAAGGAAAGUUCAGAUGGUUUAACUCUUCAGCUGUCCAUUAUUUCCAUUGUUUAUUUCCUGAGUAUGAAAAUUAAAUGGUUUGUGAUGUCUUAGCAGACAUACAUGUCAUCCAUUUUAUAAAAAGCAAGACUUAGUUUAGGAAAGUGGUAAUAUGUCUCUAACAUUUGAAUAAUGCUGUUCAUCCAUAGGUCUGGAAACAUGUCAGAUGACUGUCAUAUCGUGGGUGUGUAAAAAGAGGCAGAGACACAAAGGACUUGCACAGAUGCAUACGCCCCAGUCCGUACCAAAUCCAGGAGUAUAAUGUGGGGAUCUUCACUCACUGUAUCCUGUGCUGUCUUUGCAAAGGGUUAAGAUUCUGACCUCUACAUAGAGGCUUGAUCAUAUUAAAUGAGUUUCUUGUUUGGAGAUGUUAACUCUUCCUGUACCACCUACUACUAUGAAUUUGCCCAGUGGCACAAUUACCCUCUGACCAUAGAUGAUGAAGGUGCCUGUACCUGGGAGUUUGAAUUGAAAGUUUGUAAUCCUGGCUAAAUCAUAGAUGCAAUAUUCCUCGUCUGGGGCUACGGUAGUCCUGGAUUAUGGAAAAAAAAUAUGGUAUGGGAGAAGAAUAUAGGAGGAAUUAAGAGGUUGGUCAGUGCCUGUGUGACAAUUAUUUGCCCAAAAAUGCAAAUGGUCUUGCCUGCAAAACUGGCUUAAGACAAAAAACAGUUUCCCAAGCUACUGUUUACCCCACUAGAACUACAACAUCUUGCAAUCAAAUGCCUUAUCAAGCCUUUUGGGAAGGACCUCUUUUCCCUAAGUUUUCAGGAGCUGGUAGUUUUUACUUCAGCUUAAAUUAAUCUUGUGGUCUUUGUAGCUUGCUGGAGUAGUCAAUGAGAGAUCCAGUUCUGAUCUGAAAGACCAAUGGAGUAAAUACUGCAGCCAGAUUUGCACAUGCUAUUUUGUCUACCUGACUUAGUUUUACCUGGCAUAAUUAAGUUGUUGCAGACAGCUUAGAGCUGCUUGGAAGGUCACUUCUGGUGAUCAAAGGGAAAACAUGCAAUAUAAUAAUGAUGCAGUUACUACCCCCUGUGGGGGCAUCAGGAGUUUUGAAACCCUUGGUGGAUUUUGCUGGCAAUUUUUUUGUUGUCUUCAUAAAUACAGAAUUAUGUUUUUAAAAGAUUACUUGAUGUGCAAAUAUUUUGAUGGCGUUGCUGUGAGCAGGAGGGACUCUAGUUUAUUUUUACAGUGUGCGAUAGAUAUUUCCUAAAUGAGUAAUGUGUUGCUAAGUUUUUCUUCCAGGUUAAUUGAGUUUUAAAUCACGAUUGAAUGAAUUUUUACAUCAGUUGUUAGGAAUAUUUUAUUGAAAUAAUAUCCAGCCAUGGAUUGGUUGAAUUUACAGGUGUGAUUUUAACUGUACACUUUAAAGGAGCAUCUUUUUUAUAAAUAAAACUGGAAAAAUGUGUUGCAGAGAA